UUGGAAACUGCAUCCGCAGCGACUUAGUUCCGCCAACCCCUGGAAGUGGAUCUGGCCUUCCCCAGCCCUAUGAAGUUGUAGUGGCUCGGUGGGAGAGAUCUCUCUGAUAGAGCGUUGUCCUCGCAACGGAUCUGAAACCUAACACGAUCUCGAAAGCCCAGGACUCCGGCGACCCCACUCACCGGCGUCAUGGCAGUCCCAGGUUGUAACAAGGACAAUGUCAGAGCAGGAUGCAGAAAAUGUGGCUACCCUGGUCAUCUGACUUUUGAGUGCCGCAAUUUCCUCCGGGUAGACCCCAAAAGGGACAUCGUGUUGGACGUCAGCAGUACAAGCAGUGAGGACAGUGAUGAGGAGAACGAAGAACUGAACAAGCUGCAGGCCCUGCAGGAGAAAAGAAUAAAUGAAGAAGAGGAGAAGAAAAAGGAAAAAGGCAAGGAGAAAAUUAAAUUGAAAAAAAAGAGGAAAAGGUCUUACUCCAGCUCCUCUGAAGAGGAUUCCUCAAAACAGAAGAAACAAAAGUAUCAGAAAAAAGAAAAGAAAAAGGAAAAAAAGAACAAAUCAAAAAAGAGCAAACAUCACAAAAAGGAGAAGAAGAAGAGAAAAAAGGAAAAGCGCUCUUCCCCUAGCCGGUCUGAACUCGCCAAGAAGUAGCUGAGUCUUUCGCCUAACUCAGGAAAUUGAAGAAUUCAAUUUUGUUUUGUUUUUUCUGAUUACUGUACCAUCCUUGGAAUUGCUCUA